CUGCGCGUCUCGGCGGAGCGCGGUGUCGGCUGCGACGUGACGGAGGCGAAGGCGGGGGAGAGGCGUGCGGAGCCGCUCCUGUAUGGCCCUGGCGGCUCCCGCAGCUCUCGGGCGGCAGUGCCGGCCUGCGCCGGGCCGGAGCGGGGCCGGGGCCUGGCGGAGCCGCACCAGGAGCCCAGGCCGUGGCGCCGGGCCCGGCGGGGAUGUCCCUGCAAGGCUGGCCAAGUGAUACAGGAUGCUGUUUCCUUCGCUGUUGUGUGCAGUCGUGCUGAUAGGGAGCUGUAAAGUUCAAGAAGAUGAAUGGAUUGACCCCACGGAUAUGCUCAAUUAUGAUGCAGCAUCAGGAACAAUGAGAAGACCUUACAAGGUAGAGAAAGAAAGGCCAAACUAUCAUGACUCUGAGGAAGAGGCUGCGGAUACAGUCAGUGCUGAAGUCUCACGUUGUUCCAGGGUGGUAGAUUCCUUGCAACACAAGAUUGCAGAGUGUGAGAAGAGGAAUGCCAAAUCCCAGGAGAGCCGUAGCUUUUACAUUUUUAAGCGGUUCUUGAAUAAGAUUUUAAAUGAAGGUGGAAAACUUGGUCUUCCUGGGGAGGAUGUGGGCCAAGUCCAUUACGAUGCUGAGAUCAUUCUUACACGACAGACGUAUUUGGAGAUCCUCAGGUUUGUCAAUGAGGAAGCCUGGCAGCCAGGUGCCCUGGAUGAGGCACUGAGUGAUAUUUUGGUCAAUUUUAAGCACCAUGAUGAUCAGGCUUGGCGUUGGAGAUUUGAAGACACCUUUGGAAUUGAUCUAUAUAAUUUGUUUUGGCUACUCUUGUGCUUGGUGUGCAUUGUAACUCUCAUGGCUACAGAGCUGCGGACGUAUGUUGCUCGCUUUGUCCAGCUGAAAUAUGUUAUAUUUCUAACUUUCCUCGUCAGUUUUGUAUGGAACUGGUUUUACUUGUACACGCUGGCCUUCGCUCAGCACCAGGCAGAGAUGGCCAAGAUGGAGCAGUUUGACAAGGUCUGUGCAGAGAAGCUGGAGUGGUAUGGAAGUCUCGUGGAAUGGCUUCGAAGUACGUGGACGUUUCAGGAUGAUCCCUGUAAGAAGUAUUAUGAGAUUCUGCUUGUAAAUCCUGUUUAUAUGGUUCCACCAUCAAAGGCCUUGGCAGUAACUUUCACCAACUUUGUAACUGAGCCUUUGAAGGACAUAGGACAAGGUAUUGGUGAAUUCAUCAAGGCACUUAUGAAGGAGAUACCGUUAAUUCUGCAGGUUCCAGUGCUCAUUACGAUGGCUCUGGGUGUCCUGACUUUCUGCUAUGGUGCUGGAUCAUCAGUAUCUGCAUUAAGAUACUUAAGGUCUUCUCAGAAGAAGAGUCUUCCUCUGCCUGCUGGUGAGCAGGAGCAGAUAGCCUUUGGGCAGUACGAUGGGAGGCCAGCAGAGGAGUACUAUGUGCAGCAGCAGCCGUUUGUGCCCAGAGGCCACCAGGACAGAGGGGACGCUGCCACGAGGCCUCUCCCCAGGCUGAGAGCCGGCGGCAGCCGCAGGAGCGCGGACACGGCACACGCCAGCGACGAGCCGGACACGCAGAACAGGUUGCACACUGAAUCUGAAGUUCAUAGACUUGAAACUCUCAAAGCUGAAAACCUUACUGCGGAAGCUGCACUUGAGCAGCAAAAACAGGAGACAGGCAAAGUAGAGGAAGAGACUGGAGAAAACUGUGACCCUAAUAAAAACCUAGAAGGGAAAAGUUCUGCUGAGGAGCCGUGUGAAGAGAAGAAAGAGAGUGUUUUACAUGACUCCCAGGAAAGAGACUAAGGAAGACCCAAGCUCUGCUGUGGAGUGGAGGAUGUUGCCACUGAAGGAGCUGAGAGCCUGUUCUUCUCCUGGAAGCAGCACCUCUGAUCAUCCAUCCUGUUACUCUGGAACCGACUCAGCAGAUCAAAGAACCCUUCAUCUGCCAUUGUCUCACGGCUGCUUUUCUGAAAAGGAGAGAAUUUAGGGUUUGACCUUAGAGUGCCUACAGCUGGGACAACUGCAUCAGAGUUUCAGUCCAGUGAUAUGCUUGAUAUUUACAUAUCUUAAAUUUAUUAAAUAAAAUUUUUUUUUAGUCAACUAUUUCUAUAGCCAGAGAUGGUAAUGCUAGGGCAGCAUUUUGGAGAGUGAAAUACAUUAGAAAUGUCUCAUUCUCUGAAAUGGAAAGAAACAGUGCUCUGAUCAUGUAAAAUGGGAGUUAUUCCUCCUCAGCCAUUAAUCCAAGAAAACCCCAAAUGCCUAUGAGAGGAAGAAGAAACAAGACCAGCAUUGAACAGUUACCCUUGUCUCCUCAGGUCUAUGACCAAAUGACUCAGUUCUUUUAUUUUGAACUGACUUCUCUCAGGAGUGUAAUACCCUAAAAAGUGUGUCCAAGAUCCCUCCCACUGCCUGAAUCAGAAAAACUAAAUUUUGCUAAGUUUGGAGAAGUAAGGUCUAGAAGAGACUUAGACAGCUUGCAAAUUUUAUUUCUAACUUCAAAAAAAUCCACCACAAAUAAAAUAUUUCAAUAGUAGGAAAAUCUUAAAGGUGGCACUACGCCUAAGAGAGCUGUAGAAUGACAGAUUCUGCAUCAGUUUAGAGCCACAGUGUUUAAAUCAGGUUAAAUUGAACAGGCUCCAGGAAGGUGUUUUCCACAAUUCUGAUCACACAAAGAUGAGUAAGGGCCAUGAGCUCACCACACCUACCCUCUGAGAGUUUGGAAGUCGAUGAUCAAUGGAGUUACUGGCAUCCUGCAAAACUUUGGAGGUGGUGCCAUUUUUGUACUUUUUGCCUUUUAGUCGAUUUACAAAAUGAAGUUUUGCUGAAGUUUUGGCAACCAGUGGUUUCUGUUUAGCAAGAAUCUCACUGUUCCAGUUUGGAACCUAAGAAAACAAGAGUCAGAAAAUAAAGCCUUUUGAUUUUACUUA